ACAGACACCAGCAGACCAGUUUGGUAACCGUUGUUCCUCCAGCGACGGGCUACACGCGCGAAGAGGCAUCAAGAGGACCGGGCCCGGGCUACCGGCUCACAACAAACCGCUCGUUGGACUUAAUAGCUGGAUAAGUAGGAGCGACCGGAUCCGUCUGCCAUGUCGAAGUGGGCUCUCCGCCCCGGGAUGUCUCGGUGCUGCGGCAGCAUGUAGGGGACCAGACCCUCUCGGAGGAGUUGCCGCUGCGACACGGUCUGGUUCGGUGCACUUAACAAACUAUUGCUGUGAGAGUGGAGUCACUUUUUCUGUUUGGUUUCAUAUGUUGACACUCCUGGACAGCUCACGACAAGUUGUGAAUUAUGUACCUCACAACCCUGCUAUAGAUGUGGCCAAUAUGACAUAACUACGUUUUAAAGUGCUCAUGAAGAAUAUUCCUAUUAUUGUGUCCAGCAGCUACGCGGUGUGUCCGUGUGGGUUAUUCACAGGGCUGCUAUGCAGACUGACUGGAGCCACGCUCAGACAGCCCCACUGUAACCCAGCUCCAGGCACAGAAAGAGCCCUUCACAGCGAGUCUCCAUGCAGAGGGGCCACUGAGUAGCAGAUGUUACACAGCUUUGUGUACUAAUGUGGAUUAUUCAGGAUGCUGCUAUGCAGACUGCGUGGAGCCACAGGAACUCUGCUGGUGAAGCUGGAGUAACACACACGGCUGUGCAGCUUCUGUCAGUGCAGUUCAACAGCUUGUGUUACACUGUUGGCAGCUGAAUGUUCAUCAGGGAGUUUUUUUUUUUGUUGAAAACUCAUACUGGUUUGGGUAUGGGUACAUUAUGAGCUGGAAACUUUCACAUAGACUUGGACCAAAGGUCCCCUUUCACUUUUUUACAGUAUCGAAGUUAAUGCAUGCAGCUGGACAUUUAGAAAAAAUGACAGUAAAACUUCACUUUUGAAAGCUUUGUGUUCGAGACACACAGUUCAGUUUCACUUGCAUUUUGUAUAGUUGCAAUUAGAUUUGUUUUUAAAAACUUCACCUCAAUAGCUUGUAACAUAAACUCAUUGUUGGAAAAUGAAGAAUCCUCAUCUGCUGAGUAACACCUGGAGCAGAUCCAUUGACAAAGACCCAGCACUGAUCUCUGUGCCUGGAACUAAUAAGAAGUUCAAGAGGAAGUCUCGGGAGCCUAAGAGGCUCUACAGUGGGCCUGAACCUGAGAGCAUGACAACCUAUGCAGAGAAUAUGUCUGAUAUGAACUCAGAAGACGACAACCAGACAGAGGCGUGUAAUGUCAACAGGUUGGCUCCUCUACAGAGACAGCUGAUGAUGUCACAUGAGGGGAUGGCCAGUACAACAGGGGUUCUAUCCAGACUACCAGAGAAUAACAUGGCUCCAGCUCAAAGUGCUGCCAUAGACAUGAGAAUUGGCAUUAACGUGCCUGCCAUCACUCCCAAACUCUCCCAGUUACCCACUUCUUCGUUCUCCAACUCUGAGAUCUCCCACUGGCCCACUGCUAUCUCCCAGCCUCUGUCCAAUAGAAUCAAACUGGGCCUCCGCUCCACCUUCCCACCGUCGACAUCCUCCAGCAUCAGCCACAGCCAUUCACCCAACCACCAGGCCUUCUCCCUGGAGCAUCAGACUUCAGCUCUGCCGGUCCCGAGAGUCUCCCAGCCCCCCGUGUGCCACGAGUAUAUGGAUCUCCAGGACCAGUCACCCAAGGUGAAUGAGUCUCCAGGGAUGCUGGCUGGGGGGAGCGCUGAUGGACAUGGCCGUCUUCCAGAGGUAAAAGCAAUCCAGCAGACCAGGAGGCUUCUAGCCAACGCCCGCGAGAGAACACGAGUCCACACCAUCAGUGCUGCGUUUGAGGCCCUGAGGAAGCAGGUGCCAUGUUACUCUUAUGGGCAGAAACUAUCCAAGUUGGCAAUAUUACGUAUAGCCUGCAACUACAUCCUGUCUCUAGCUCAAUUGGCUGAGCUGGAUUACAGCCCCGACCACAACAGCCUGAACUUCUCUCAGUGUGUGGAGCAGUGCACAAGGACCCUGCAGGCCGAGGGCAGGAGCAAGAAGAGGAAGGAGUGAAGCUGAUAGCUGUGGAUGGUCCUACAUGUUAACCUCCGACUAAGCGAAGAGGAAGCAGGAUACAGGGAGGAGGAGCGGAGGAAGUGGAUACAUGAAGGAGUGGAAAAGGAUGGACGUUUUUCACCACUUAUUAGUAACUAUCUGAGGUGGAAUUGUGUACAUAAAAGCCCAAGGACAACAACUGAGAAAAGGACAGAGAUGCAAAUGGACUUAAAAGACCAGCCCUGGAAUCCCUCCACUUAACUAUGCAUACAUUUAAUGCCAUUACAUCACUAUGGUCACUAUUAGCUUGACAGUGUGUAUGAAAGAAUGCAUUCACUUCUGAGUGAAGAACUCUGAAACAUCAGUUUGAUGAGGAUAAAACAUUUGAACAUUGCAGUUCAAGCCGCUCAUUCAUUAAGCAGUUUUAGUAGUAGUUUAUAAUCCUGGUAUAUUUGAAAAUAUGCCAAUUAUGUUUAUCCAAUAAAAACAAUUGAAAGUAUAUUCACUAUUGUGAUUUUUCACAAACACCGCUAAUACAAUAGAAUCGCUACAUAUUAUAUUUUUCUCUAUUUGUAUUUCUAUUAAAGCAACAGUGUGUAUGAUUUAUGGGGUUUUAUUGAAGGAAAUUGAAUAUAAUAUUAACAACCAUGAUUUUAUCAGUGCCUUAAAAACAUCUGGCCGAGAACAGCAGAUGGAAAUGAGCCUUUCUGGCUAACUCUAGCUCACUUACAGUACACAUGUUAGCGUGCAUUGUCCCUGCAAAUUAAAUAAAUAAAUAGAUGAACCACCUUUA